UUGGAUCAUGGUCUGGGGCAAAUGUGUUUAUGUAUUAGAACUAAAUAUAUUUGUGGUACUUGCUGUUGGGGGAUAGUGUUCAUUGUGUUUGAAUUUAUGGGGUGCAGCAUCACCAAAAAUAAGGGCUUGGGUCUCAUUUGUUGCAAGUCAUGGUGAUGGGUAUUUCUGGGGAUAAAGCCGAACGGGUUGGGUUAACAUAGAUACUGUGUAAUCGGGAAUGCCAAUCAUUUUGGUGAUGAAUCUGCAAGGUUCCAAGAUGGUCAUAUGACUUGACAAAGCAUCAGAGAACCACACCAUCAUUGAGCAUUAUUGUGAUGGUAUUUCUAUUUGGUGACCAUUCAAAAGAAGAAUACAAGAAAAUGAAAUAAGAUUGCUUGUCUACGGAAAGAAGUUCAGUGUGGUAAAAUGGUACUGAAUUUACCUUUACAGGAGCUGACACUGUUUUGGAAGCUGAUGUUUUGUGGUGAACAUUGAGCUUUAUAAUUUGUGGUUUGCAUUGGUUUCUUUAAUGUGUGGAAACAUAUACUUCUGUACUUCCUGCUUACUGAUAGAUUCUAGUGGUUGUUUUGCGAGAAUUUGGAUUAUUCGUAUGUGGAAUGAUGUUUUAGUUGGGGUUUUCUUUUAUUAGUUCUUCCCCUUGGUUGGUGAAAUAGGGUGAAUCAGAUUGUUUUAUAGGAACUAGUAUGACAUUGUACUCCUCAAGAGUUGUCGCGUGGAUAGUAGAUGCUUGGGAGUUUGGAAAACUUCUAUUAGUAUGUUACCUCUAGUUUCUGCUGGACAUCUGUAGGUUUUUGUUAUUAUCACAUUUCUGACGAGUGGUGCGUUGGUACAGAAAAUGACUUCAGUUCUUUAGACUCUUGGAUUGUUGUUUUCGUUUGUGUUCCCUUUCCUUUGAUACUUUGAUUGUUUGUAAGUUGUAGAAGACAUAGUUAAUGGUCAACAGUAACUGUGAAUUUUUACUCUUCUGGGAUUUGACAUGCCUUUAAGGCUUCAGAACACUUUCUCAUUCUGAGCAACUGUUAACUCUGGCUGGUGGAAACUUUUGAAGUUGAUGUUGCUUUUAAGUCAGAUAUGGGGGGCAUUAACAAGACUCAUAUAUGGCUAUUGAAAAAAGGCAGACCAAGUUGGUAGUGGGUAUUAUUUGGAUGCUUGCCCUUUGGUGGGAGCUCUUUUGGUGGUAGAUUUCCUAUGGGGUUCACGCUAUUGCUCUUCCUGCUCCUUUUUGACGGCAUGUUUCAACUCAUGAGGUUUUGGGAGAAGGUUUACUGGUGGUAUUGCUUUAUGGGCUGGAUUAGUAUUUAUUAGGCACAUAUCUGUCUUCGCUAUCUGCAGGCUGCAGAUAUGGAUGAAGUUCACUUCCUUAUUGCUACUACCGUGCUGUAUUAACUUAUGGUUGCACCGGAUCCAUGAUUUUUGGGGCUUAGGAUACAGAAUUCGUGCAGGUUCCGGAUCUCCUGUACGGCAUAGGGAUGCAGAUCAUCGUUACAGUCCUGAUUUUAAUCAUACUGGUGGUCGGCCACGCGGCCGCGACUUUGGUGGCGGGAGGGGUAGAUAUCGAGACUCCUCACCCCCUUAUGGUCGAGGAAGGGGUGGUGGCAGGCCAUUUGGUAGAGCUUUUGAUGGGCCUGGGUUUGGUCCUGGGCCAUUCAGAGGCGAAGGCAUGAGUAGAAAUAAUCCAAAUGUGCGUCCAAGGGAAGGCGAUUGGGUUUGCCCAGAUCUUUCGUGUAGAAACCUGAAUUUUGCAAGGCGGGAGUACUGUAACACCUGCAACAUGUCUCGCCAUGCACCUGUUGGAAGUCCUCGGAGAGGCUAUCCUGGCCCACCACCUCCACAUGCUCCCCCAAGGCGCUUCCCUGGCCCUCCAAUGGAACGUUCCCCUGGCAGGACGAUGAAUGGCUAUAGGUCCCCUCCUCGUGGUUGGGCUAGGGAUGGCCCCAGGGAGUUUGGAGCUGGUGGUUUACCACCUCCAAGGCACGAAGGCAGGUUUUCUGAUCACCACAUGCCGAGAGAACGGUUGGACUUUCCAGAAGAUGACUACAGAGGGAGGAGCAAGUUUGAUAGGCCAAUGCCAAUAGACUGGGGUCAUAGGGACAACCAUGGAAGGGAUCCCAUCUUCAAUGGAAGGAAAGGAUUUGAGAGAAGGCCACCAUCUCCACCACCAGUACCACCACCAGCACCAUUUCCUCAUCGUGACCGCUGGACUCGUGAUAUUAGAGAGAGAAGCCGCUCCCCAAUAAGGGGCGGCCCACCACCAAAAGACUAUCGCCGGGAUAUGUUUGUGGGACGGGGACGAGAUGAUCGGCGUGCUGUGGGGCGAGACAGAAUUGGAAAUGCAUACUAGCAAGUGGGCCAGGGGGGCAAAAUUUGCACGUGUAAUUGUGGUUUAAGUUUUUGUCUAGAGAGGAAGGAUGGAUAUUCACAGCUCAGGACUAAACUCGGUGCUUUGUUUCUGACCUUGGUAAUGUUGUAUAACUUGAAGUAGGUAAAAUACUCGAUUUUGCAAUUAUUA